CCAGCAGCCCAUCAUCGCCAGCUUUACCACCAGCAGCAGCAACAUCAGCAACAGCAGCAACAUCAGCAACAGCAGCAACAUCAGCAGCAGCAGCAACAUCAGCAGCAGCAGCAACAUCAGCAGCAGCAGCAACAUCUACAACAGCCACAUCAACCAGCUUACUACAUCAGCAACUAUAGCAACUUCAGCAAUAGAUUUAGCUACAGCGAGAAUUUAUUGUAAAUCGCUGCAGCUCUAGAUGGAUUUUUUCUUGCAUUUAGUCGUCGUCUGUACAUUACCCACUAGCUAUCCAAGCAAUAACAAUAACCCAAAACUAGUAGAACCGAAGAUGCUAUGGCAUAUAUAUAUAUCGAUAAUCUUAACUAUAAACUAUUUGGUAAACUUUGACACAAUCGUCCCAUCAAUUUAUAAAUGUGUAUAACUUAAAGAGAGUUAGGAAAAGGUUUCAGUUGCUAGUUAAGAAGAAGGAGAAGGACAUGUACCCUAUAAAGCGGGCAAAAGCAGCGAAGGCAGAACAAACCGUUUCGAAGGUUUCUAAAUGUUGUUUCCUAAAAGCUAAACUACAGAAAUUAAUAACUACACUAAUGAUAGAGAGAGAAGGUCGAAGGACAACUGAUACGGUCAGUGGAUUGGGGUCACCCAGCCACAUCUGGUGACCCCGAAGAACAUGAAGAGGGAGCAGGAGGAGGAGGAUCAGCCAACACAGCUACAGUCACCCACAACCACUACUACUCAUACGAAGGUCACAUUAGGUUUUAGUUUACUUUACUGUUUACCGCUUAGAUCGUAGUGUUAACCAAUAUGUUCUGAAGAGUAGGCAACGGAUGAGGGCUACUCAACCAACUACAAAGAAAUUUUCAUAUACCUCAAAUGCAUUUCAGUUUUAUUGUUGAUUGCUUAAUUUUAAUCUAUGUAGACCGUUAGCACUUAUUCGUAAACUACCCCAUAUAUAUAUUAUAUGUUAUUUUAAUCGGUUUCGAUACGAUAGCCAAUAGUUUACCAACGUUUUCCUCUGUUUUUAUUUUUUUUGUUAUGUUCUCUCCCACAAUUCUGAUUUUGUCCUAUGCGUUAAGUUAAAGAUUUUAGGAUUAGCUCGAACCACUUGAACCACCUCACUUUUUUGUUAAGCUUGUUUAUAUUUAUGGUCAAAUGUUUAUUUAGUUAAAGUACACUAAAACAUAUAUUAAAACCGGAAGAAGAAAAGAAAAUUAGUUGAUAUGAGGGCUAUACAAGAAAAAAAAAUCAUAUCACAAAAAUCUAAAAAAAAAAAUGAUUCGAAAAAUCUAUAGAAAUUAUAUCUUAAAAUGGCUUAAUUGUCUGCUAAAUUGGCAAGAAAUUGGAAGAAUUCGUUAUAAUUUGUAAUCGAUUCCUUGCUCUUUGAUUACCAUAACCAAAACGUCCCCGCAGAGACGGCAAAAGUAAUUAAUUUUAAACAUUUAGUGAUAGGCAAAAUUAUGUUUCGGCACAAAAUAAAUUUAGAAAAAAUAUCUAUCAUAAAGCAAAAUAAAAUAUAAAAUUAAAUGUGAUAUUUUCGGCACAAAACUUUACAUAAAAACUAAAUGAAAAAUUUAACAAAAAAAAAGAUAAAAUAUUGCGAGGGCUAAGCACCAUUUGGCUAAGGUUGCUGGCCCUUUGCAUAUUUAUUUAGAAGAUUUUUGUUAUAGCAUUAUUCAAAAUUGUUAUCUUUCGGUCCAAAGCACAAAAUGUAUAAAAUUACUUUCUAGUUAUUCUUUAAUCCUAAUUUUACUUUAACUUUAAAAUCUUACUUUAUUUCCUAAUUUUAAGUUACGUGCAUGUGCGUGUGUAUAUUAUCCAUUCGAAAAUGUGUACACACAGAGAUCAUAAUUUUAUUUAGUUUUACGUUGAUUGAGUUGAGAAACUUUAAGCCAAUAAACUACCGCAAAAUUAAAAAACCACAAAACAAAAACAGCACAGAUGUUAAGGCAAACCACUACUACACACAGAUUUAUGUACCAAAAAUGUAAUAAAUAUGAAAUUAUAUAAAGAAAAAAAACACAGAAAACAAAACCAAGCAGCGAGAAACCAAAAGAAAACUAACUACAGAAAGCUGAAAGGAGACUAGCUGGAUUUUUCUAACCUUUUUUCCAUACAUAAGCAUAAAUCGUAAAUGAAAUAUUUUUAUACACCCAUCUUGUAAUCGGUCGGUCGAAAGGAGAGCUACUAAAGAUCUCGGCCAGAAGGGGUUGCUCUGUGGAAUCUCGGCUCUGGGAUUUAAUUCCCAGAUCUCAAAUGACUUCACAUUCGUCACGCGCGCAAAUACAAAAAACAACAGCGAGUUGUAACUUAUUUUUUUGCUCUACAGUUACAAAACUCAAUUAAUCAAUAUGCAAAUACAAAUGUGGCGGUGUCCAAGUCAUGGCACUCAAUGAAAAAUAUUAUUAACAGUUUUUCGUCGUCUACCAGUUUAAAUAAAUCAAUCCAUAAAGAUCUAUAUAUAUAUAUAUAUAUAUCAAGCAAAAAUAUAUAUAUUUCAAAUUUAUUCAAAUUAAAAUCAAAAUAUAAUUCACUAGCAGCAUUUAAAUGUCAAGCGAAACCGCAAA